AUGGAUGAAGAGCUGGCAUCAUUCAAGUUCCCAAACAAUCUUUACGAUGCUGUGGCUCGUGCCUGGGAUUCACGUAAUUGCCCGCAUACUCGGGGUUUUGGUCAGAAACCACCAUGUCAUCUCGCCAGUGCGAUGGAAAGUUCACCUUCCGAUAUGGGAAUAACAUGGGACAGGCUUGGUUAUCGUCCUUGUCGUUCGUCUUACGAAGAGAGAUGUGGUGCUGUGUCUGUGAGACCAAGUGAGGUCAACUCCCUGCGCCCCUGUACCCCGCCUUUGGACUGCGAGGAUUUUCAAGCGCUCCGAUCGCGUCGUAGAAGUGAUAGCGCAGUUUCUGAUAGACCAUUUGUCACCCAAUGUGACGAUCAUCCAUCUGAUGUUGAUGACGGGAUUGAUGACUGCGGUUAUUCGACAGACGGUACAAUGCCAUGGCAGCUGCAUAGCGUCACACAGGAUUCACCAAUGCCUUCAGCUUCUUCUUCUCUCGGUUCUGUGUCAUGGUCCGACAGUUCUGAGGACGGCUAUGCUUCUUCUACCCCCGAUGACGGUUAUAAUGAAAUCAAUGUUCCCCAUCCAUGUACUCCAGCUUCUUCGAAUAUCAGGGUUCCGGGUACCCUUACUGCGGUCACAAAGAAGAGACGAAAUGCAUCAGCUCCGCCCAGGGAUAACACCAAAAGGCAAAAAUGCCUCAGAGACGAGCGAAAAGCUACAACUCACAAGCGGUGUUCCUCGUCCGAUACUUUCACGCCUUACAAAACCGAUGACUCUGAAUAUGAAUCAUCGACAUCGGUCAAAGAAAGCAGUCUCGCUGGACCCAAACAGACCUUAUUUCCCUGUUUACUUGACGGCUGCAGGCAGGUCUGUCACAGUGCCACCGAUCUUGCACGCCAUCGGCAGUGUCUUAGACAUCGUGCUCCUGAAUAUUCAUGCUUGGGUUGCCGACACCCGUUCACUCGUCCUGAUGCUUUGAAGAGGCAUCUUAAUGGAAGGCAUGCCUGCAAACAGGCGCAUCGAGCGGCUCUGGCUGCUAGCAAGGCUUAG